AUGUCAACCACAUCACCCGCUGGGCCUUCCAAUUUUCACAGAGAUCAACCCCGCAAACCACUCCGGCCUCUACAGCAAAGUCUAUCUUCGUCGUCGAGCAAGGCGGAUGUCGAUAAUUUAUGGAAUCAAGAUGAUGAGUCGUUCGAAGUCCAGGUACCUGAUUUCCACUUCGAUUGGGGCGUAGAGAAAGGGAUACCGGAGGCAAAGACCGAAUCCGCUCAACAUGUUCCAUUUGCCAAGUUCUCGUCUCUUUCCAUCAAGUCCAAUCCAAGCCGCCUAAGCUCUAUAUCGCCGCCUGGACCGUCCAUUGCCCCGAUCUCAACUAGCGCAAGAUCUACUCCGCCCCCUCGCCUGACUCACUCUGCCCGAUCAUCGCUCUCCUCAGCGCAUGUGUCUUCUCUGACUGAUGCUUCAACCGCAUCGGCGUCCUCGCUAGCGCCCACGCCUCCAGGAAGUGGACUCUCGGUUGAGGUCCCAUCGGCAUUUUCUCACAAUUUGGAAGCAGAUGGCAGCGGCAAUGGCAGUGGAAGUGGUAGUGGUAGUGGUGGUUCAGGAAGAAUAUAUGGCGGAGGACGAAAGUUUCAGCGUGUAGUGUCUGCGCCCAUCACUCGCCAACGGCCAAACGAUGACGAGUAUGGAUUGUCAACUAUCGGAGAAUCAUUUACAUUGUCGUCGAGCAACACUUCGCACACUGCAACAAUGCGGCCUGGUCUUGUCCAUACCUCAUCGACGUCCUCAAUUCCACUCGACUCAUCUACUUCAACUGUCACAAGGUCGUCCAACUAUAUGACGCCAGGCGUCACCGAUCGUACACUGACGUCGACUGCUCGUUCCACAGGUAGAAGACUUGGAGGCUUAUCAAAAUUUGGUGGUCCUGCAAGACGAGUCAUUCCUGCGACGGAAGUAGAAGAGAUGCAAGAAGGUUUGAACAGAUCUAGCCCUGUCCUGAUAGAUUCGCCCCCUAAAGAUGGACAUGCAUCUCUGAUCAACCGCGACACCGAGUUUCCCGAAUCAGUUCGGCCAUCCGAAGACCUAGGUCACGCAUAUGCCGAGGGGUCAUCGCGCAAUCCACGACGCAGCCCCAAACAGAAAGACUCCAACUUUCCCUCUAUGAUAUCUGAAGCAGGCAUGCUCGAUUUUCGGCCAUCUCAGGAGUCCUCCCAAACACGCUACGAGCGCGAGGCUCGAUCUGCAUAUCAGAAGGAUGAGCAAAGAGCGCAGUCUCCAAGUCUAUCGACGUUAUCCAAUCGUAUAGACGACGUGGACCGACCGUAUCGACCCUUCAGCUCACAUUGGGAGCAGGGCAACCGUCCGAGUCCAAAUACUGUUGGCCAUCUCCAACAUAAUGACCAUCACCGAGCCAAUCGAGAAGUCGCAGCACUAUCCUCCCAACCCAUGCGAGUGUCACCUCCCCCUGUUCCCAGUCGAUACAGUCCUCCCCCUCCGGCCCUGCGAGCUGUUCGACCUGCUCCAUCAGUCAUCCCAGUGGAAGACGCGCAAACAGCUCCAGCGAUGAUGGGACAACAAGGCAGAACGGAGGGGUAUGGCCCUCCUGCGGCUUCCAUACCUGCACAACCAGCUGCUACCACUAGAACAUCAUUUUUGGUGAAUUCCGUCCCAUAUGAGCGGCUCCAACGUCUCGGAAAAGGUGGAUCAUCUACUGUGUACUCUGUGUUGUAUUCAGCACCACCCAAAAAGAGGAUUAUCUAUGCUCUGAAGGUUGUACAGUUGGAUCGAGCCGAUGCCGAGACUUAUCAGAGUUAUACCAACGAAAUCGAGCUACUCAAGAGACUUCGUGGUCACGACCGUGUAAUCCAACUGAUGGAUCACCAGAUUACUUUUGGUCAAGGAAACCGUCCACACCGUUUACUGAUGGUCAUGGAAUGCGGGGAGAUUGAUUUUGCAGCUUUACUUGAUGAACAGAGGGGAAAGGCAAUCAACAUGAACUUCGUUGGACUGUACUGGGAACAAGCAGUGCACAAGGAAAAUGUCGUACAUACGGAUCUGAAACCUGCGAAUUUCGUGUUGGUUAAAGGACGGUUAAAGAUCAUAGACUUCGGUAUUGCUAAGGCUGUUGCGAAUGAUACUGUCAAUAUACAGCGUGAUCAACAAAUUGGAACCGUCAAUUACAUGAGUCCGGAAGCCAUCCAGCGCAUGAAUAACCAAAAAGUUUUGAAGUAUAUUGGUGGUGGUCCUCUUGCCAAAAUGCAAGUUAUCGCCGAUCCAGGUCACUUUAUCGAGUACGCAGAGAUGGCUGUUCCCAAAGCAGCCGUCGGUGUGAGUCUUGAUGGUCAUCCAAUUGAUGCCGCUUCACUCGCUGUGGCUGUUAGCCCAUCCGCAAUCGAUAGUAUGAAACGCUGCCUUGCGUAUCGGAAAGAACACCGUUUGACGAUUGCCGAGCUAUUGCAUCAUGAGUUCCUGAAGCCGAAAAUCAGAGCUCCCGCUCUGCCACCAGGAUCCACCCCUAUAACUCAAUCCCAGAUGGAACGGUUGGUCAACUUCAUUCUGCGAGAAAAUGACUUACCUGAACUUGCGGAGGGAAAUCACACAGCCGAGGACCUAUUUUCUCAACUGGAAGCUCAAAACUCACUAUCUAACUAA